CUGAACUUUCCCUCGUUUUCUCUCUUUCCCGCCACCAAAAUCCCAGAUCCCCAAUCCCCAUUUCCAAACCCUAAUCCUCUCCCCCGAUCUCCGUCUCUCCGAUCGCCAUCUACUCCAGAUAUCGCUGCUCGGAUCGAUCGGAAGCCUGGUUUUGCUCUUUGGUAUUCUUGUCUGACUUCUUUGGGGCUUGAUGUCUGGUGAACGAGAUGCUGGAAAUCAGGGUUCGAAGCUGCAGAUCGUGAAGCCGAUGAGCCGUCGCGCUCCGUUGAGGUCCAUAUUUGGGAACCUUGAUGAUUAUCAUCGGUUUUCUGAUGCCGAUGAUCGGCGGGUGGACAUGGCUGAGGAGGCCAUCGUCAUUAAGACACCAUUGAAGAGAAAGCUUGAACUUGAAGAUGACAAAGUUGCUAGAUCAAGUGAGUUGACUCCUAGCUCAGGAUGUGUUGCAGUUAGCAGUCCCCUCCUUACACCAGUAUCAAGCAAGGGGGAUAGAAUCUAUGGCAGGGCCAAGGUUGCAAAGUACAAUAAUUCCGAACCUCAAACUCCUAUGUCAGAUGUAGGUUCCCCUCGUAACAUUCAUUCAACACCUGUUGGGUGCCGUUAUGACUGUUCUUUAGGAUUCUUGACAAAAAAGUUCGUCAAUUUGCUCAAACAGGCCCCGGAUCACACAAUUGAUUUGAAUACUGCAGCAGAAACUCUGGAGGUGAAGAAGAGACGGAUUUAUGAUAUCACAAAUGUUUUGGAAGGAAUUGGACUGAUUGAAAAGGCAAUCAAGAAUAGAAUUCAUUGGAAGGGUCUUGACGAAUUGUCUACAGGGAAUGGAGAUGAUAAUGUUUCAGUAAUGCAGGGAGAAGUUGAAAAUCUUUCCAUUCAGGAGCACGACUUAGAUGAUCGUAUAAGUGAAAUGCAAGAAAAGGUAAAGGGUCUUAGUCAAGAUGAAAACAAUCAAAGGUGGCUUUUUGUCACUGAAGAGGACAUCAAGCGGAUACCCUGCUUUCAGAAUGAAACUCUAAUAGCAAUUAAAGCCCCUCAUGGCGCUACAAUGGAAGUUCCAGACCCUGAUGAGCAAACCGGUGACCAUCAUGAGAGAAGAUAUCGAAUUGUCCUUCGAAGCAACAUGGGUCCGAUAGAUGUUUACCUUGUUAGUCAAUUUGAGGAGAUGCACCCACCUACAUCAAAUUUGGUGUCUGUUGAGCGGUCUGCUGUAUCCACAGUCACAGAAAAUAUCACAGGGAAUGCAAUUGAGCAACAAAAUGCUCAUGAUACCCAGCAGGCAUUCUCAAAUACAACUACUUCAGAGGACUUUAUUGGUGGCAUUAGGAGAAUUCUUCCUUCAGAGAUCCAUCACGAUACUGACUACUGGCUUUUAUCUGAAGCCGAUGUCAGUAUGACAGACAUGUGGAGAACACCAUCGGAUGCUUCAUGGAAUUGGAUGGACGGACUUAAUUUAGAUGCAUUAAACGAGGGCCAUAGCAUGGCAUCACCACAAACCCCUUCAUCUGGCGUUCAAGUUACACCACCAUCUAAAACAGACUCGAAGACUUAAAAUUGGAAAUCAGACUUGGUGAAAUGAGGCAUUUCAAUUCCAGAAAAUUUUUCUUAGCCGCCAAAAACCCUUUUGCAGCUGAUGAUGGGCAGGGAAUUAAAUGAAGGAUGAUAAUUUGUUUUAGCAACUAUAUUCCCAUUACUGAAAAGAACAUAAUCUCAAGUUUUUCUGUAUACUAGAUUACAAGAGAGCUGUUUUCUUACAAAGCACCAAAAUAA